ACAAACAUCAACAUCAUGUCGAAAAAUGGGCUGCCAUUUCCCCGAAACCUCGAACAACCAGCUAGUUCAGAAUCUAGUCUCAUAAUUUUUCACCAGUGGGGCCCCACUCUUUUCCACCGGCCCAGAGGUCCAAGAAGCUCGUCAAACCGUUAAGAAUUUGAGGAGAUCGACUUGUGCGGGCGCUAAGGCUAGUGCUAGCGGGGUAUAUUCGUUUAUGGCUGCGAAACAUGCCGACAAAACAUUCAAAAUGGUUAGCAUCGUCGAAGAAGAGCGAGAAAGGUGUUAAGCGUGGCUUGGGGAACGGGAAAAGGGAGGGUCGCGGUAGACGGAACGGGGUAACCAAGGGUGCGCAGUCGGUGUCGCAGGAGGAUGUUGCUGUUGAAAGAACAACAAUGCUACUUGAAAGACAGGCCGAGUUGGAUCAGAUUAUGGACAAACAUGAUACGAUGGUACGGGAGGUUUUUCACUUGGAGAAGUUCGUGACUCUCAUUGAAUAUGACCCAACUAUUGCAAAGCAGGACAAUUCGAUUGUGUUUCAGGAGUAUAAGUCGAACUAUGACUUGCUCGAAAAAGCCUCUACAUCGGCAGGUCCAUCGCGUGCUACAAGGAGGGCUCAUAUCGAGCGCGUUCAAAACCUUACCACACCACUUUUACCUUCCACCACCUCUCGAGUGCACACCGAACUGGAAUUACCCCUCUCCGCUAAAUCAAAAGGGAAACAGAAGGCGGUUGAUCCAGUCAAUGGUGCCGCGCCUAUUGAGUUGAUUACGCCGAAGAAGCCUGGGAAAGGGAAAUCUAUAUCUCAGCCUCCGAAACUUCGAGCUCUGGCUCCGAUUUUGCCUGCGGAUGGCGAGGCUUCUAUUUCCGUGGGACUCGUACGUGGCAAGAAGAGGAAUAUUGCUGUUGCUUCCCCCACGGGUUCGUCCGCUGUUCCCCCUUCUGCAAAAAAGAAGCGGAAAUUCCAGGAGGGACUCGCAUCGGAAAUGGCGGAGAUUCCUAAUGUCUUAGGGCAUAAGUCAACUGGACCAGAUGCUAUGUCGUUGGAUCCUUUGCAAACCUCUACUCGUCGCAAGUCUUUGCGACAUCCUCCAACUACGAUACGAGAACCACCAACACUUUCCCAACUUCCCAGUGAAGUUGAGCCGCCACAAUCACAAUUUAAUAUCAGACGCAUUAAGCUCAUAGUGCGACCGCCACCACCAUUGUACUCUAAUCCCCGCCAGCAUCCCCCUCGACCUCGGUUCCAUUCCUCGCUCUCUAGCUUUUUGAACUCAUAUGUCUCCAUCAAUGACUCAGAUUUAAGCGAGGACGAUUUAAAUCUCAUGGCUCAGGAGAAAGCUGCACUAUUGGACAAGAUGGAGAGCUUCCGGCAACAGGGUCGGCUUAUUAUUGACAACGCGACCUUGAAUGAGAUAUCCAAAACAAGGGGUGGCGUAACUCUCCACGAACCAAAGCAAGAUCGGGACACUUGGGAUGUGAUCUUAGAAGCGAUUACUCAACGCUCCCGACAGGAGCAGGUGAAAGGUCGAGUUAUUGCUACGCAGAUAUCGAGUCGCAUCAAGGCGUAUUGGGAUCAACGGGCACAACGCGAGGAUAAGGCAAAAAUGCAUGAAGAGAGAAGACUUCGUGCCUUGGCGAAGGCAACUAUUAAGAUAGUCACUAGUGAAUGGAAAAAAGCUGUCUUCCACAUUCGGGAACAACAUCGACUGCGCGCGGAGGCUGAGGAAAGGCGCCGUGGUCAUGAGCAUUUAGAUGCUAUCCUUGAUCGAUCCGGACAUAUAUUGGAAACUCAGCAAGCAGAACUUGCUAGAGGUGAUAUGUCUCGCAGUAGAUCCAGUAGUGUUUCUGGUCACUUCCUGGAACCGGGAUUCGACUCUGAAGGCUCGGAAAAUUCAGAGUCUGAAGUAGAUCAGGAAGAUACAGAUGGCGUGGAGCGGCAAUUUUCGUCACAGGCGAGUGACCGAGAUACAGAGAAUGCUGAGGAAAAAGAAAGCACCAAGGAUGAUGAUGACGAAGAAGAAGAAGAAGAGGAGGAGGAUGAGGAUGAGGAGGAGGGCGGAACCAGUGCGUCAGCAUUACUGGGGCCAUCACUCCCUCGGUUUGAAGUUGAUGAUACUUCGAGCGCUACCUCCCGAGCUGGUGCUAAUCUGCUGGAUGCCGAGAUGAAUGAUGAAGAAGAGUCGGAGGCUGCUAUGGCCAUGGAGUCACCUCUGCUUCUCCCUUUCAGAUUGCCGAUGUCUCGGGAGACUCCUACCGACUCCGACUCUGUUUUGCACGAGCAGACGACUGAAGACUACAGGUCUCCCCAUUUUGAGAGUUUCAACGACGCGCCUUCACCAGCCAGCACUGUUGCUGGCCAUGAAGAGGAGCCUGAAUCGAAUUUUAAUCGCAAUAAGGAGUUGAAGACAACAGUCACCGAAUCUACUCCGGGUAGUUUGACUCUAGGUGCUGACGACGUUGAUAUGGGUCAAGCCACUGAAGUCGAAACCAAAGACGAUUAUACAGGCUUCCCAGCUGUCGAAACACCAUCUUCUCGCCUCCCAUCACCUACGUUUGGUAUGGAAGUCGAUGAGUCUGAGUUAUUUGACGAAGCAGAAGAUGUUCAUCAACAAGAGGACAACGUACCAGACUAUCUCAAACCAUACGCCGUUGCACCUGUCCACUGGGACACGCAAGACAAGGUGAAAGUUCCCGUGUUAUUACGGGGUGUCCUCCGCCCAUACCAGCAAUCCGGUUUGGAAUGGCUUGCGAGCCUCCAUGUCAACAAUCUAAACGGCAUACUUGCUGACGAAAUGGGAUUGGGGAAAACCAUACAGACAAUAUCGCUCCUUGCUCAUCUAGCUUGUGAUCGUGGAAUAUGGGGUCCGCAUCUUAUUAUUGUCCCCACAAGUGUCCUCCUAAACUGGGAAAUGGAAUUCAAGAAGUUUUUACCUGGAUUCAAAACUCUGAGUUACCACGGAUCGACGAAACGCCGCAAGGAGCUCCGUCAAGGGUGGUACAACAAGCACCACUUCAAUGUCUGCAUAACCUCAUACACACUCGCUAGUCGCGAUGCUCACAUAUUCAAGCGCAAAGCUUGGUAUUACAUGAUACUGGACGAAGCACAUAUGAUCAAAAAUUUCAAGUCGCAACGAUGGAAUAUUCUCUUGAUGUUCCGCUCCUUUCGGCGUCUUCUCCUGACUGGCACCCCGCUACAAAACAAUCUAACUGAGUUAUGGGCACUUUUGCAAUUCCUGAUGUCUGGUACUAACUUCGCCAACCUAAAAGAGUUUGGCGAAUGGUUUUCAAAUCCCUUGGAGAAAGCGAUUGAAAUGGGUACCUUGUUGGACGACGAAAAUAUGCAACGCGUGACCAAACUCCACACAGUUCUGCGUCCCUAUCUACUCCGCCGUCUCAAACGUGACGUUGAGAAAGAGCUCCCCAGCAAAUAUGAGCAUCUCAUUCUGUGUCCCUUAUCCAAGCGGCAGCGAUUCCUCUACGACGAGUUCAUGGAUCGCGCGCAUACCAGAGAUGCCUUACAAUCUGGUGUUUACCAGAAGAUCGCAAAUAUCCUCAUGCAGCUCCGCAAAGUCUGUAAUCAUCCGGAUCUUUUUGAGGUCCGUCCGAUCGUGACAUCUUUCGCUAUGACACGUUCUGUUGCCGCAGACUUCGAGAUCAAGGAGCUACUAGUUCGGCGAGAGCUUAUUCGGGCGAGUGAUGAAGACAGUAUUAAUCUUGAUCUUCUUGGCCUGCGGUUUAUUGAUCAACAAAACGUACCUCUACUUCCUGCUCUGGAAACGCGGCGCCUUGAUGCGACACAUCGGCUCCCACUUAUCUCAGAAAUGCCUGAGGAGCCGCCACCAAAGGACACUCGUACUAUUCAAGGAUACCGUGCUUACCAUGCAUACCAACAGCGAGUUGCACAAGUAGCUCGCUGGUCACAAAUCGGUUACCUCAAUCGCCUGCGUUGUACCCGGUUACCGGUCUACAGCCAAGAGUUGUUGACUAUUGCUAAGCAGUGUCAUCGACCAAUCCUCCCCCUUUCCACAUUGGACAUCAGCCAUCGUUUCAUGGACACGGUUCUGCCUCUUCAUUCGGCAGUCAAGACUUACGCUGACCGGGCUAAAGAGCUGCAACCUGUGGUCGAAAGGUUCGCUUUCGUCACUCCAGCCGCAGUUGCUUUGGACCUACCUUGUUUUGCCCUGGCAGGAUGCGAGCACGUUAUAUCAUGUCAGUCAUCUGACUUCGAUAGCGUCCUGCAUCACGCUAGCGUCAAGCUGCAGAUAGCGUUCCCAGAUCCAUCCCUUCUCCAAUAUGAUUGUGGCAAACUGCAAGAACUUAGUCGCCUUCUCCGACAGAAGAAAUUGGAAGGACACCGUGUUCUCAUCUUCACACAGAUGACAAGGAUUUUGGAUAUUCUGGAGAUUUUUCUCAACUUUCAUGGCUAUCUCUAUCUUCGUCUUGAUGGAGCCACCAAAAUCGAAGACAGACAAUAUAUCACUGAGCGGUUCAAUGCAGACUCCAGGAUUUUUUGCUUCAUUUCUUCCUCUCGGUCGGGUGGAGUAGGUAUCAAUCUUACUGGAGCAGACACCGUCAUCUUCUACGAUAGCGACUUCAAUCCCCAAAUGGACAAACAGUGCGAGGAUCGUGCCCAUCGCAUCGGUCAGAUAAGAGACGUCCACAUCUACCGGUUUAUCUCUGCACAUUCGGUUGAAGAAGCCAUGUUGUUGAAAGCUAAUCAGAAGCGCUCUUUGGACGAUCUCGUCAUCCAAAAAGGCGAAUUCGACUGGCGAUCCCUGUUUGAUGACCAAGGAGCUCUGUCAAAGGCUCUAGUUGAAUUCGAGGACAAGGAAGAUGUCCAUGCUGCCGCUGUAGCCGCGAGAGAAGAAGAUGUGAUGGAAGGCGCUGAUCAAGCCGAUUUCGGUGCUGAGGGAGAAAUUGAAAAUGAAGGCAGGUUGCCGGAUAAUGCGCAGGAUGAUCAACCUACUGGUAAGGAAAUGUUGGAUGUUUCCGAGAUGGACCAAGUUGCAGAGGAAGAGGACGAAGGAGGGGCAGUAUCGGACUACAUGAUUAGCUUUGUCCGGAUGGAUCACGACUUCUUCAGAGAUUGGCGGCUAUGAUGGCAGUCUCGUAUUCUGUUGUUGUUUAGGUUGUUUGUACUGUUGGUUCUUCCCAGUGCUAUCUAUCAAAUUAUAUAUGUUGUUACUUA